GAAAACAUUGGGCACUGACAAAAAGAACCCUGUGAUACUGAAGAUAAUAAAACUCAAAAUCAUAAGUUUAUGAUAUUCUUUUGUCAAUUAUAGAAAUAAUAUUUGGAAUAACAAGCUUUCAGUAACUAAGAUAUACAGAGUGAUAUGGAGAAAUUGGUGUUUGGGUUGGCUCUUUCUUGUGCGGGUCUUUCACUCGUGUAUGGUAUAAAUUGCCAUCGUUGUACCGCACUUGUUAAUACGGAUAGUUGUGGAGACGAGAAUUUCAGUGAGGACGCAACGAUACCUUCUGGGGGUUGUCCAACCACUACAUCCGCGUCCUCCAUAUUUGAUGGCUUAUUUGGCGGCAUAAUAGCGUCAUGCUGUAAUGGGACGUACUGCACAAAAGUAAAAAAGAGAUGGGAGAUUUUUGGUAUUGAAUCAUUUAAUAUCGAACGUAGUUGUUCCGAUUCUGCGCUUGAAGGGGAACUCUCAUCUCAGGGUAUCGAAACAGACAUUGCUGCCGGGAAGCAAUGGAAAACUGCAUGUACCGGCGACUUCUGCAACAACGGCCCACACGUUAAAGCCUC